UAUCUCCCGUCUCGAGCGCAACUGGCUGUACCGAUUCACCGCCUUCCUUCCGCCCGUCGCUUGCUCCGGGACAGCCGGUGGUUGGUACGCCGAAACGAGAGAAGGCGCUCUUCCUUCCAUCGCCACACCGAGUUUGGGAGACGGACCGGACGACUGUCGGCUUGCCAGCGAGAACGUUGACGAUGGCGAGGAAGAAGGUGAGAGCGGUGCGCAUUGAAAGCCGCUCCGCCGAUGCGGGGUUGGGCUGGUUGGCCGACCCGUUGCGUAGCAGCAUACGGUCGAGCUCGGUCACAGUCAUGGCGAUGAUGAAGCCAGAGACGGUCCACUUGCACGCUCUCAUCUCGGUCAGCUACACCCGACUGUACAGAGCGUAGCACAGAGGGAAACAUGGACGGUAAGGGCUCCGUGUGCUCCGGCGACGUGGGCUCCGGCGGCAUGGGCUCCGCCAGCAUGCUCGCCUCCGUCUUUGCCCGUCUUGCCCGUGGCGAGGUUGAGCCAGGUCCGCUCGUCGACGUGGCGCCUGCGACGGAGCAGGGGGCGGGGACGGGGGUGGAGACGGGGGAGAAGGCGGUGGAUGUGGGCGAGGUUGGUGGCGCCAGGAGUGCGCCCAGCACACGCAAGACGCGGAGUGUCCGUAGGCAGCACUGGUCGGUGCCCAUGCAUCCGCCAGGGGUGGUGCGGGUUGUGCCGGCGGCGCUGUGUCCACGGCCGGCUGCAGCAGACUCGCCGCAGGCCGCAGAUGCAUCACAGGCCGCAGACGCAUCACAGGCCGCGGAUGCAUCACAGGCCGCAGAUGCACCACAGGUCGCAGACACACCACAGGCUGUUGUCGCGCCGCAGGUUCCGCAGGUGCCGCAGACGGACGAGGGUGAGGUUGACUCGCCGCGAUCGUCGCGGCCAGUCAAGAUCACGCUGCACGAGCUGCCGCCCGAGGCGUUGCCGUCUGCGCUGCUAGACAUGAGCAAGGCGCGGAACCAGAAGUUUGACGCGCUGCUCUCUGCGCCGAUCAUCGAUCUGGAGGCUCUGCGUGCGCUGGCUUGGUCUGGUGUGCCCGCGGUGCUGCGGCCGCAGGUCUGGGCUCUGCUGCUGGGGUACGCGCCGUCGCGGGCCGACCGGCGGGUUGGGGUGCUGGCGCGAAAGCGGCGCGAGUAUGUGGAUGCAGCAAACACGCUUCUGGAGGCACCGUUUGGGUCUGUGGAGGACGCGAUCAUGACGCAGAUCCGAAAGGACCUGCCGCGAACGGAGCAGUCGCUGGCCAUAUUCCGUGCUGAGCGGAUCCAGUCGGCGCUCGAGCGUAUCCUCUUUACGUGGGCGGUCCGCAACCCGGCGUCUGGGUAUGUGCAGGGCAUGAACGACCUGGCGGCAACACUCUUUGUCACCUUUCUUGUCCCGCAGCUCGCGAUUGCGGUCAACGACCCGCACCAUCAGACGGCACUUCUUCUGCAGCUGGAAGACUUGUCGGAGUUGAACGAGGCGCAACUGGCGCUGGUUGAGGCCGACUCGUACUGGUGCUUCUCCAAGAUGCUCGACUCUAUCCACGACAACUUUAUCGUCAACCUUCCGGGCAUCUACCGCAACCUGGACAAGCUCGAGCGGCUGCUGGGGGCGAUGAACCCAAGGCUCGCGUCCCACUUGGCCGAGUCGGGCAUCUCCAUGAUGCUGUUUGCCUUUCGGUGGAUGACCUGCUUUCUUGUUCGCGAGUUCCCGCUCCCGCUCGCAGUCCGUUUGUGGGACACGUACGUGGCCGAAUCGGCCUUUAACGACUUUCACGUAUAUGUCUGCGGCGCGCUCCUCUUGCACUUUGUCGAUGACCUGCUCGAGGCCUCAGCCGAAGAGCUCAUCAUGUUCCUGCAGGAUCUGCCGACGGCCACCUGGACCGAGACUGACAUCGAGGAAUUGCUCUCCAAGGCCUACGUGGCGCACAGUCUGUAUGCAUCCAAGGUCGGGCCAUGACCGCACCCGUGGCCAUGGGCGAGGACCAGUACCCGUGCAAGAUCAAACUCUGGAGGGUGCCGAAGU